AUUCCUUCAAAGUCCAAAUGAUAGAAGUGUAGUUAUAAAACUCACGUCCAGCUGCACAGCUGUGGGUGGAACCAGUUGAGACUACAUAAUGCUGCAACUUUGGACCAUUACACUUCUCCUGCUGGGCACAGUGAGAGGAAAAGAGAUCUGUUUUGAAAGACUUGGCUGUUUUUCAAAUGACAAACCAUGGUCUGGAACACUCCAGAGACCUUUUAAAGUACUUCCCUGGUCUCCUGAGGAUAUCAAUGUCCGUUUCCUUCUCUACACUAAGGAAAAUCCAAACAACUUCCAAAUUAUCCUUCCAUAUGAUCCAUCUAACAUUGAGGCUUCAAAUUUCAAAACAGAUCGAAAGACUCAUUUCGUCAUCCAUGGCUUCAUAGACACAGGGGAAGAGUCCUGGUUGAUAGACAUGUGCAAGAAAAUAUUACAGGUGGAAAAUGUGAACUGCUUCUGUGUUGACUGGAAAAAGGGUUCGCGAGCAAGAUAUGUACAAGCAGCCAACAACAUCCGGGUAGUGGGGGCUGAAAUAGCCUAUCUGAUCAAUGUAUUAUCAACAGAGUUUGGAUAUUCUCCUUCUAAUAUUCACGCCAUUGGUCACAGCCUGGGAGCUCAUGUUGCUGGGGAGGCUGGGAAGAGACUCCAAGGUCAAAUCGGCAGGAUCACAGGCUUAGAUCCAGCAGAGCCUUGUUUCCAGAACACUCCAGAAGAAGUCCGACUGGAUCCCAGUGAUGCCAUGUUUGUUGAUGUGAUUCACUCAGACGCUGCUCCUAUGUUGCCAAACCUGGGUUUAGGAAUGAGCCAACUUGUGGGACAUCUGGAUUUCUUUCCAAAUGGUGGAAAACAAAUGCCUGGAUGUCAGAAAAACAGCCUUUCAACCAUUAUUGAUAUAAAUGGAAUAUGGGAAGGAUCACGUGAUUUUGUAGCUUGCAAUCACUUGCGAAGCUAUAAAUAUUACUCUGAAAGCAUCCUCAAACCCGACGGCUUUCUUGGUUAUCCCUGUACUUCCUACGAGCUUUUCAACUCGGGAAGUGAUCUAUCCUCCAUACCCCAAAAUGAUGCAUGUUUCCCUUGUCCAAGUGAAGGAUGCCCAAAGAUGGGUCACUAUGCUGACCAGUUUAAGGGAAAAACAAAGGCAUUGGGGCAGACAUUUUUCCUGAACACUGGAGAUAAUAAUGACUUUGCUCGUUGGAGGUACAGAAUAUCAGUCACACUCUCUGGGGGAAAAAAAUUGACUGGGUAUAUCAGGAUUGCUAUGUAUGGAAGUAAUGGUACUUCAAGACAAUAUGACAUUUUCAAGGGAUCCCUCAGGCCAGGUGCAAGUCAUAAGAAGGAGAUUGACGUUGACAUCAAUGUGGGCAAAGUGGAGCGGGUGAAAUUCCUCUGGAACAACAAUGUGAUCAACCUCUUCCGGCCCACAUUAGGUGCUUCAAAGGCCACAGUGCAAAGUGGUGAAGAUGGAACACAGUAUCAUUUCUGUAGUAGUGAUACUGUUCGAGAAGAUGUUCUGCAAACACUCUCUCCUUGCUAGAAAUGGAUCCUGAUGGUCUGAUCAUGGCAAAAAUGCGCCCUCUUGCUUCAUGUGAUGUUGACAUCUAACCUCUCACCAUGAUCUGGUUACUAGCCUGACUGGAAGCUUCCUGAGGGUAGCAGCCAUCUCAUCUAAACUCUAUUAUCUGUUUGUUGAGAAAUGAAUUAGUCUAUUUGCUUUGUAUAUACUUGUUAUUUGUGUACAUGUUGUAGAAUAUAAGUUUCAUGAGAGCACAAAGUGUUUCACUUUUGUCUUUGUAUCUCUAGCGCCUAACACCAUGGCUGGAAC